CAAAAGGUUAAGGGGCGGCUGCUGCCGUCAUUCGAGCUGGUAGAAUGGCUGCAGCAGCGGAAUUGAACAAGUUUUUAUUGGGACACAAUGGAAUUUCAAGUCCAAGCCAGAAUGUCGGGAUGGACCCUUCUCAUGCAUGUUGCAUACUGCAGCAGCUUAAACGUAUGUACGAUGAACAGCAGCUGACAGACAUUGUGGUGGAGGUAGAUCAUGGAAAAACGUUUUCCUGUCACCGAAAUGUUCUCGCUGCAAUUAGUCCUUACUUUAGGUCUAUGUUCACAAGUGGCCUUACAGAGAGCACACAGAAAAGAGUGCGAAUUGUGGGAGUGGAAGAAGAUGCAAUGAGGCUGGUGUUGGACUAUGCCUAUACUUCCCGAAUAUUAUUAACAGAGAUCAAUGUACAAGCUCUUUUCACAGCUGCUAGUCUCUUCCAAAUUCCAUCUUUGCAGGACCAGUGUGCCCAGUACAUGAUCAGCCGACUGGAUCCGCAGAAUUCUAUUGGGGUUUUCAUGUUUGCUGAUGCUUAUGGACACAAGGAGUUAAAAGAGAAAUCCCAAGAUUACAUUAGAAAGAAAAUUUUGUGCGUUGCCAAAGAGCAAGAAUUCCUCCAUUUGACUAAAGACCAGCUCAUGAGCAUCCUAAACAGUGAUGACUUAAAUGUAGAAAAGGAAGAGCAUGUUUUUGAAAGCAUAAUUCUGUGGCUCAAUCAUAAUAGGAACAAAAGAGAGCCAGAUCUUGCAGACAUUUUUGCCAAAUGUAUACGUGUACCUCUGAUGGAUGAGAAUUUUUUAAAGAAAAUUCCUUGCACUUUUGCACAGGCUAUGGCUAGAAACUCCCCGGAAGAUGGAAAUAGCGAAGGAGCUGAUGGCUGUAGGCCAAGACUUGGUAUGACUGCUUCACAGAUGAUUAUCUGCUUUGAAGCUGCCAACAAACACUCAGGAAAGAAACAAACUGUGCCUUGUUUAGAUAUUGUCACAGGAGAAGUCUUCAAAUUAUGCAAACCUCCCAAUGACUUGAGGGAGGUGGGAAUCCUGGUAUCACCUGAUAAUGACAUUUACAUAGCAGGAGGUUACAGACCAAGUAACAGUGAUGUUUCUAUAGAUCAUAAAGCAGAAAGUGAUUUCUGGAUGCAUGACCAUGCAGCAAAUAGAUGGCUACCGAGAGCUUCAUUGCUAAGGGCGCGAAUAGGGUGCAAGUUAGUUUAUUGUUGUAACAAAAUAUAUGCAAUUGGAGGUCGGGUGUAUGAAGGUGAUGGACGGAAUGCAUUAAAAUCAGUGGAGUGCUAUGAUAGCAGAGACAAUUGCUGGACAGCUGUCUGCCCAAUGCCUAUUGCUAUGGAAUUUCACACUGCUGUGGCACAUCAGGAUAAUAUCUAUGUAUUACAAGGGGAAUUUUUUCUGUGUUAUGACCCUCACAAAGACUACUGGGGUUGUCUGACACCAAUGAGUGUGCCUAGAUCUGCAGGAUUAUCAGCUGUCUGCAAUGAUUUAAUCUACUAUGUAGCAGGAAUUUGUAAAGCACAUCAGCGGAUGCUUACAGUAGAAGCUUAUGACAUCCAACUUAAUAAAUGGAUACGGAAGAAGGAUCUCCCAUUAGAUCAGUCCACCAAUCCCUACAUUAAACUCUUCUUGCUCCUUAACAAACUGCAUCUCUUUGUACGAGCAACACAAGUCGUGGUGGAGGAGCAUGUUUUCCGUACAAGUCGCAAGAACUCUCUGUACCAGUAUGAUGAAGAAUCUGAUCAGUGGAAGAAAGUGUAUGAGUCACCUGAUAAACUGUGGGACCUUGGCCGCCAUUUUGAAUGUGUUGUUGCCAAACUUUAUCCACAAUGUCUUCAGAAAGUUUUUUGAUUUACUUUUGGCAGCUUGCAUGAAAUAAUGUGUAAGGAAAAUGGCUGUUUUAAAAGCACUGAUGAAACCGGAUGGGUGCUUUUGAAAGUAGCAGUGUUUUUUGAACUGGUUCAAAAGUUUAGUUUUCUAAUCAAUUUUACUAACUUCACUGGUGCUGGGGAAUAUAAAAGUGCAAUUACUUGGAUUAUUUUUUUUUAAAUCUGGCUUUUUCAAUGGCAUUUCUUAUUGUAUAGCAGUUGUCCAUUGUCUGGCAAUCUUAAACUAUGCAGACUUAACAGGCAAAAUUCAGCUUGUCAGUAAGAAUUUGCUUUGCCCAAUGGUAUGGAAAAACUAAAGCCUUUAAGAUACGGGUAUAAAUUUAAAGAUAUACAGAUGCUAUUAAUUUUGUAUCUGUAUUUGUGAAUUGAGUGCUUUGCAUUUAGUUACUUGACAUGAAAGUGAAGAUAGUUUGGCUGGAUCUUAAUGGGAAGGAAUGGUUUCUGCAUUAAUAGAAAAAUCUUUAUAGCUAUUGGGGUCAAACCUUGAAGUCUGCAUCCACGCAGAGAAUAGCGAUCAUGUUUCUUCUCAUCCUGCCCUUUCAUAGUCUUAAGAAAUGAAAAUUUCAUAUCUUGACACUUUGAAGACUAAAAAUGUUCAGUUAACAAGUGACAGUUCCUAGCUACUUUUGAAGUGAAAAUAACUACUCUGUAUUUACCAUUUGUCGUAACAGUAUGUAGUUCUAGGAGAGUAGGAAGGUGAAGAUCGUUUUGGAAGAGGACUAUCAAAUGUAUUUCAGAUAUAAAUGGUUUCUGUGUGUUGUGAUCAUUUUUGCUGUAGCAGAAUGGAACUGCAGCAAUUAGAUUUAUGCCAAGGCAUUCAAUAUGGUUCAUUUGUUAGCUGGAAUAAAGUAAAAUUGAAUAAAAUAGUUUUUUCUUUGUUCCCCAAAAUAUUCAAUCCACCUCGGCUACUGCAGAAUCUUUAAAAAAAAAAGGAACCUCCACGGAGCAGUGUAUUUUUUAUAUUGUGCUUGCAGUGCAUCUUUUUCCUGUCUGGUACACUUGAAAUUUUUUGUGAACUAUGCCACCUAAUUUCAAUGAACUGGCUCUUGCAUAAAUCAUUCCUCCCUUGAUUUGAUUUCAUAUUGAUUAUUUUGUCUUAAUAGUUUACUUUGCUCUUAUUUUAAUUCCAUCUGCUUUCUGCUCAUCAAUACAUAUAACACACAUUUCUAUUUAAUGGGUACAAAUAACAAGGUACCCUUCCCAUUUUUCUAAAAAUGUUAAAUUCUUAAAUUGGUUCUAACUUCAUUCUUUGAAAUUAAAUUUUACCUGGUGACGCCCCUUGAAUCUGCAUGUCACUGGGCAUUUAGGGAAAGCAGAUGUAUGUAUUGGGAGAUAAGUGACCCAAUAUGCAUUUUACAACUUAACUCUAGGCAGAACCCAAUUUGUAUUUUUUUAGAAACCUUUUAUGUAAUAAGACCAUGACUAUUUAAUCUAAAAGUCAGUAGAUACUAUGGGGAAAAAUAAUCCUUUACUAAUCUUUCAAUUACUGAAGGAGUGAAAUGUGAAUUUGGUUGAACUGUUUCUUAUGCAAUUGAGUCUACAAAUGUCAACCACCUUUAGAUGUCACUUGCACUAUUUUAGCACAGUUCAUUCUUAGAUGUUAAGUUUUAAAUCUUGCCUGCUUCAACAUUAUUCCUUCAGAAAAUAGGUGAUUUCUAACAAGCUGUGCUUACAAGUAAAUUACGAAAACUUUCCUUCAUUUGGUUGAAUCACUAUAACCAACUUGUACAGUCUAAAGUGGAGGUCAGUGCAUCUGUAACAAUGUUUUUUGUACUUCACAAAACAUGCAAAAUCUUUAAAACUUAAUGGAAAAGCAUGUAUAUAGUUUACAAAUCGACUGCACCCAAUAAAUGCCACUAAUAUCUUCCAAGGAAGCAUGUUGGAGUUGCAGAAACUGCACAACUGGUUCCAAACUCUACCCUUGCUCUUCAGUGUCAAAUUUAUUUCAAAAAGGUACUUAACUCCAGGGCUUUCAAAUUCUGAGAAACCACACUGUUUUGAACUUUCUUGGUAGAGAUUUUGCAUAUUGCAUUUGUCAUAAAUGAUUGAUUUCUAACGGACUAGAUAUUUUGGGCAGAAAGUUCUAGUGUACAGGAAUCUCAAUUUGUCAACUUGUAGCGUCUAAGCUUUCAAGUAUCUUUAAAUUCAGUUAGCGGUAAAUUCUUCAUGGCUGAAGUGCAAAGGCAAAAUCACCUAAAAUAAUGAGAACGCCAGAUAACUCAACACAAUCCGAUGAAAGCAAUUAAAUGCAUCAGGAAAUGAAAUCCAGUUAUCUCUUCCACCCAAUUAUAUCUUCCACCCAAUUGCCCAGAAGGCAUCCUCUACAGUUUAGUUUGAAAAAUGCAAUCACUUGCAAUUAAACUGAGAAUUUCUGAGCAGUUGACAUGUUUUUGCUUGUUGUUUACUGAAUAAGGUGUACAAAUAUAAUUUCAUUUUAGAUGAUGUGCACACUCUUGGUAGAUACUUGAAAUCUGAUGUACAGUGUGGACUUCCUUUUUAAGCUCAAAGUAUGCAGCAUGAAAUCAAGUUGCAGGUGUGAUAGAUUCCAACCUUAGAAGUACAGUGGUCAUGGGAACAGCUCCAGCUUAAAUGGCAAAUUUGAAGUUAAGUCCAUAUGGUACAAAUUUUUCCAAAGUGGAAUUAAUAUUUCAUCUACAGUGAAAUUUUGAAUUUAUUUUGUGUUGGCAGGAAUACAUUCAAUUUUUAUUAUCUUGGUAUUAACUGUGAAUUCCAGAGCUAUGGCAAAGAUAGAUUUAACAAAAUCUUGCUUUUGAAUGGUAGAUAUAAUGUUUGACUGUGCACAACUAGUGCCAAUUGUCAGACAGUUGGACGUGAAGCAUUCAUACUUUUAGUAAGCUAGCCCCUGAUUAGUCUCAGAAGUUAUUUCAAAUUGACAUGGUAUAAGUGACUACAUGGGCCACCAAGAUAAUAUUUUUGAUUAUGCAUCUUAAAAGGGAAUAAUACCUUGUAGUUGAUAUUUAUAUUUUUUAAAUUACAUAACUUCUGAAUACUGCUAUCAGUUUCUACUCUAGGGCUUCAAUUAUUUGAAGCUCUUAUAGGUGUAGUCCUGUCUGUAUUUUUAAUUAAACCACAUCUUAAAGAAGGAAAUAUGAAUUGCUUCUUUGGACAGAAAUAUAAAAAUGGCAGCUACAUUUUGAAAUUAAAGUGUCAAAACUUAGUAUAUUCCCCACAUUCAGCAUUAGAUAAACAGUGCUACAUAUAACAUUAGAUUAAUAGCAAUAAUGAAGGUCCUGGAAAAAUGAUUGUUGGUAGCAACAUUCUAUGUAUAACAUUGUGUACAGAAGUUGUAGAUGAAGCUGACCACAACUCUGAAAAUGCACAGUACCACAGAAAUCCUGAGAUUUCAAACUCCUUUAUUUCCUUUGAUUCAUAAAAUUUUCAUUAUAGGGUUGCUUAGCUUGAAUCUUGUGUAUUCUAACCACUGUACAACUUGGUAACUGCAAACUUUUUAAAGCACCUUUCCAGGUAGUUUUGCAUUAAGUGUAAGAAACUAGUAUACAGUGAAAUAUUUAAUUUUCAGAAAUUUGUUCUAAAUUAAAAAAAAUUGCUGCUGUUUAGGACAAUCUUUAUUUAUAGAGGAUAUCAACAUUGGGGGUGGGGGGGAAGAGAAUUAAAUUAACCUGCAGUUAACUGAAAUUGGUUCAGCAAGUGAUGCUUAUUGCACCAUAUGAUAUUCAACCUAUCUAGCUUACAUUGUAAAAUUACAAAGCUGAUUUCUGAUUUUGUGAAGUUGAAUACUGCGUUUUUGUAAAACACCUGUAGAAUUUAGAAAUUUGCCCUGUAGUUGUAGUUUUUGUUCAGUUGUCAAAGCUACUCAUUCCAUUGUGUGCAAAGAUUUAGCUAUAGUUAAACUUUUUUGUGACUUGAAAUGUCUGUUCAGGUUUAUGACUUGAAUUCGGAGAUGUAAAAUGGCAUCUAGCUGUACUUGCACAUGAUUUGGAUGCUUUGGAAUUGGUGUUCAGACAGGAUAAGCUGAUUUACUUGAUACAUGUACUGUAGUUUAAAGUACUGUGACUUGUAAUGAAAUGAGACUAUAUUCUUGAAAUAAAUUGAUUAAAGGAUGAAGUUUGUCUUGUUUUUAAAAUACAAUUCUGUAUACGGUUUUUUUUAUUCCUUA